UCUCGCCGACAAUUGACCAAUGGCAGCAGCGAUGGCGACAACGAGCCCCUCAGCAACCUAAAAACUGCCUGUAAUAAUUUGUAUGUGACAACGCCCCUCCAGCGUUUAUUAAUCUAUGCUUGUCUCUGUCAAAGUCGACUCUUGUCUACUGCCGUAUUCACCAAGUCUCGACUCCUUUUCAUCGACAGGGUUAUUCGCUGCGAAUUGACUGAAGAAAGCCCGCGGUGACGUCGUCGUCCAACGGUAGCCGCUUUCCAUCACCAUGGCUACAACACAGAACACAGACGUAUCGGCAGAUACGAACGGAAACAGUGAAAAUUAUGACCAUCUGGUCCAGUCGGCUGAUCCAGAGCAUCCAGCAAACUUGAUUCCCGAAAUGUGCCGCAAGUUUUAUAAUUGGGGAUGGGUUACCGGCACCGGGGGCGGGACAUCCAUUCGCCGGGGAGAACACAUCUUUAUUGCACCGUCGGGUGUCCAAAAAGAACUAAUCCAAUCUCAUAACUUGUUUGUUUUACAAUAUCCUACGCCGAAAUACCCACCAUCUGCGCGGAAAUACAUUCGCAAACCGCUGGACUUGAAACCGUCCGCCUGCACGCCGCUGUUUCUUGCUGCCUUCGAUCGUGGAGCUGGCUGCUGCAUUCAUACCCACUCUCAAUGGGCAGUCCUGGUGACGCUGCUAGUUGAGCGCGAGUUAGGCAAGGAGGGGUACUUUGAAAUUAGCAAUAUCGAGCAGAUAAAAGGCAUCCCCAGAGGAAAAGGCAAAGGCUAUCUGGACUAUCACGACACUCUGAAGAUUCCAAUUAUCGAGAAUACCCCUUACGAGGAGGAUCUCACCGAAGGCUUGGAGAAAGCUAUGGAUGCUAACCCCGAUGCUUACGCAGUGCUGGUGCGACGCCACGGAAUCUAUGUCUGGGGAGAAACUCCUGCAAAGGCGAAGACACAAUGUGAAAGCUUGGACUAUCUUUUUCAACUAGCCGUUGAGAUGCACAAACUCGGGCUGCCUUGGGAUAUCAACCGGAAGUGAUGUUUCAGUUGUCAUGACACCAGCAGUUGCUCACGACAGAGAUUCGUAAAUAGUAUAUAUUGGUGACUUACUGAGUAGCUCAAUAAACUAGACCGGUUGUUUUGACCGCUGCGAUUUUUAUGGGUACCCAUGUAAUAGCAUUUCGCUCGUUUACUCGAGCAAAAAGGUGGCAGAAAAGAGAGCGCAGAUUGGAAAACUAAUAAAUUGCAAAUGCUAGAUUGUAAUGGAAACAGUCCAGCCCCAACGGCGCAUCGCGAAUGUAUCAU